AAGCGGGAGCUGGGGGAGAACACUCCGCUGCUGUCGGACGAGGAGCUGAUGGGCCUGUCGGUGCGGGAGCUCAACCACCACCUGCGGGGCCUCUCCAAGGAGGAGGUGGCGAGGCUGAAGCAGCGCCGGCGGACGCUGAAGAACCGGGGUUACGCUGCCAGCUGCCGGGUGAAGCGUGUCUGCCAGAAGGAAGAGCUGCAGAAGCAGAAGAUGGAGCUGGAGUGGGAGGUGGACAAGCUGGCCCGGGAGAACGCCGCCAUGCGCCUGGAGCUUGACACCCUUCGCGGCAAGUACGAGGCCCUGCAGGGCUUCGCCCGCACCGUGGCUGCCCAUGGGCCCCCUGCCAAGGUGGCCACUGCCAGCGUCAUCACCAUCGUCAAGUCCAGUGCCAACCAGGCCGCCUACUCCUAG